AUUGCAGCCUCAUAUCGUUCACUGGAGCAGAGUGUGCCUCCUUCGACCUCAAACAAAAUGGUUUUCUCUCAGACUCUUCGCCGCGCCGCGGCUCAGAACGCCGGUGGCUACCGUUCUCCCUUCGGUCCCAAGUACUCGACUCCCCGCCACUGGCACGGUCUUACCACCCGGUCCGCUGUCACUGCUGGUACCAUUGCCAGCGGCUUCGGUGUUAGCGCCGGUGUCUUCCUUCUGUUCUUCUUCGGCGAGGUCCCCCGUGUCCGCCGUGACAUCCUCCAGAAGGUCCCCUUCCUCGAUGAGUACUUUGACCGCACCGUCGCCCCCGAGGACAACCCCUUCUAAAUUAUGUCCUUAACCUCGAGACAAAUGUUGUUUUUCCAUUAUACACAAGACCCGGUCACCCUGUACGGAUAUACCGCUUCAUAGCUGGACAGCAAAAGAGACUUGAGGUGCUGUACGUGUAGAAUAGCGAUGAGUUUUUAAUAGCACAUACUAGAGAAUGCCUGCUUGGACGAAUUGUUCUCCAGUUUUCCUAACUUUUUGUCCGUGUGUGUGUGUCAAUAUGCUUUCAUGACAGAAGUAGCUUCAGUUCUGGUCUUUCAUGUGUGGCAACAGAGGUCUUGCAUCUUAGGCCAUUCGUUCACUUCGAU